UCCUCGCGUCAAGGAGGCUGGGCACAUGAGCAUUCUUUUACCAACAACAUCAUCGCCAGCAGCUGUAGUGCAUUUGUUAUGUAGUGGCAAUUGUUAGUGCGAGUUUGCAUUAGUCCCCGAUUUCUACACUUGUUAUCUCUUUGGCAUAGCUGAAGCACCAACUUCCCUAGCAAUCUUUAAGCGAGAAAGCCCAGCGAGCAAAGAAUGGCGGUUGGAGGGCGUGUUACGGGUCGUCUUGGUUACGGGAAUGGAUAUUCUGACGGGCGCUCCUAUGCCGGAAUCAACGAGGAAAUUAUGUACGUAAGCAUAGGAAUGGGAAUUAUCAUUGCCAUUCUGAUUUGCAUCGCACUGUGCUACAUCGCCCGAGAAAAUUGUAAAAACAAGCGAGAAUAUUACAUUACGGCCUAAAUGAUGAGUGAGCUCGGCCCACCCUCCCGGGGUGGGGCUGAUCGGAUCAACGUUAUUGUUUAUAGUUAACUAUUAUCUAGCUACUUUGUAUAUUUUGCUACUUUAUGCUCGAUGCACGGUAAACACGGUCCAGGCUCGUUGCAGACGAGCUCAACAAAACAUAAGUAAUAAUCCGGUCCGGAACGUACCCUGGUUCCUGGUCUGAAGUAAACGCGUGUUAACGGAAAAGUCUGUUUAUUGCAAAACAAUAAGUACAUAAUAUGUAUAUGUUCCUUUUAUAUAUUAUACACAGUUCGUGAAACGUAGCAGUCUAUUUUGAAAACUAUAAUGAUAUAAAUGUAUACACAAAAGGCUAAACGGUUGAAUGAAAUGGAACAAAAACGCUGGAUUCGGGCUACGCAAAGUACUGCAGUUUGCUGUUUAAAUGACAAAUCGACGAGAAGGUUAAUAUAAAUGUACGGCGUUAGUAAACCACUGUAUUAAUAAACCAAAAUGUUUACUAAA